AUUCGUCAAAAUGUUACUAGGGUCAGGGAUUCGAGUCUCGAGCUAUUAUUAAUGUAUGACCACAGCGGCUUAAUCAAAACACAGUGCAAUUUUAUCAAUGAUCUUCUUGCACAUGUUCCCCUAUGAAAUGUUACUAUUCGAAGUUUCAAUUUUUUUCUUUAGUGUUGCAUUAUCGUUUUAAACAGGAAUGGAGGACAACGAUGUAGAGGAGAGGUGCAGUAUAUACCCAAGCCUGGCUCCCCUUGGCAGUGAGAUUAAGGCCAGGAUGCAUCAGAUUGUGGAGGAAAGGACGGAAGUAAAUAUGUGGAUGGCUGUGCUCAUCGGAGUUGUGACAGCGAUUUCAGUUGUUGGAGCUGGUGUAUUCCUUCUUUACAGAAGAUACAAGCUGUCAAAGGAGGAGGCCGGUGUUCCUCAUUAUCGCUUCAGGAAGAGAGACAAGGUGAUGUUCUAUGGCCGAAAGAUCAUGAGAAAGGUUCAGACAUUGUCCUCACCCCCUGCCUCUAACUCCAACUCAGCCUCCCGGCAGAGAGUGAGGAAAAGGACCAAAGUCCUGUCUAUAGCUCGCAAGAUCCUGCGUAUCCGGAGGGAGCCCCCCACCCUGCAGCCCAAGGAGCCCCCUCCCUGUCUGCUGGAGGCUGACCUGACUGAGUUUGAUGUGCAGAACUCCAAUCUCCCCUCUGAGGUGCUGUACAUGUUGAAAAAUGUCAGGGUGCUCGGCCACUUCGAGAAGCCUCUUUUCCUGGAACUGUGUCGUCACAUGGUGCUGAUUCAGCUGCACCAGGGAGAGGGACUGUUCCGACCAGGUGACACUGAUGACAGUAUUUACGUGGUUCAAGAUGGCCGCCUGGAGCUGUGCAUCCACGAGAGUGAUGGUACAGAUGCAGUGGUGAAGGACGUUUUACCAGGAGACAGUGUUCACAGUUUGCUCAGUAUCCUGGACAUCAUUACUGGCUAUCCAGCACCUUACAAGACAGUGUCAGCAAGAGCGGCAGUUCCCUCCACUGUCCUGCGUCUACCAGCUGCAGCCUUCCAGUCAGUCUUUGAGAAAUAUCCUGAAACUCUGGUUCGAGUCAUUCAGAUAAUCAUGGUGCGUCUUCAGAGAGUGACCUUCCUUGCCUUACACAACUACCUUGGCCUGACCACUGAGCUCUUCAACCCGGAGAGCCAAGCCAUCUCCUUGGUUUCAGUGGCCCAUGUUCUGGGUGAGGCUCAUUCACACAGAGGCCUCCGCAGGCAGCCUUCCCACUCUGAUGAUCUGGGCUCUGAAAAAGCUGAUGCAGAAAAGUCCAGCUUCUCUGACACGUCCUCAUCAAAAUAUAAGAAAGCUCGUUCUCUCUCCACUCCGAUGGCUGUAACAGGUGAAAUGUCAGUCGACCUCAACAGAGUUUAUGAACGGGCUGGAGUUGGCAAAGAGGAGACAAUGCCUCACAGUCCUGUGAAGUCUAUUCUAAAAAAGAGUGUCACAAUGCAGCACACUCCAUCGGCUGUUUUCCAAUAUAGUGAUGCUGGAGGAGGAAAUGUCCAACAUAAUAAAGUCAAUGCCAUUUUCCAAGCUGCCAAAAAGGAUCUGCUGCAGGUCAUCCAAAUACAGGACCCCAGUCUGCUGGAGGGGAGGGUGACUCUUCGCCAGGUCAAAGCUGGAUCUGUUGUGGCCCAUCAAGGAGACCAGGAUGUCAGUGUGGCAUUUGUCAUCUCAGGUUUGCUCCACGUUUAUCAGCGUAUGAUUGACCGCGAGGAGGAGACCCUGCUGUUUGUCACCCAUCCAGGCGAGAUGGUGGGUCACCUGGCUGUUCUCACCGGGGAGCCCCUCAUCUUCACUGUCCAAGCUCACAGAGACUGCACAUUCCUCUCAAUAUCCAAGGCUCACUUCUAUGAGAUGAUGCGCGAGGAGCCCAGGGUGGUGUUGAAUGUAGCUCACACUGUGGUGAAGAGGGUGUCACCAUUUGUCCGACAGAUCGACUUCGCCCUGGACUGGAUGGCUGUGGAGGCUGGCCGUGCUGUCUACAGACAAGGAGACAAAUCAGAUAGCACCUUCAUUGUCCUCAGUGGCCGACUGCGCUCUGUCAUUGCAAAGGAUAAUGGGAAGAAGGAGCUGGCUGGAGAGUAUGGUCGUGGGGACUUGAUUGGUGUGGUUGAGGCCCUGACACACAUGAACCGAGCCACCACGGUUCAUGCUAUCAGAGACUCUGAGCUGGCGAAGCUACCUGAAGGAGCUCUCAACUCCAUCAAGAGGAGGUAUCCUCAAGUUGUCACCCGGCUGAUUCAUCUGCUGGGACAGAAGAUCCUGGGCAACAUGCAGCAGAUCCACGGACCUCUGGCUGCUCGUAGUCUGGCUCUCAACACCCCCACCAGUAAGUGGGAUGCUGGGAAUCCAGCCUCCAACCUGUCCACUGUGGCCAUCCUGCCUGUCUCUGAGGAGGUUCCUCUCACUUCCUUCACUCUGGAGCUGCACCACGCACUCAGUGGCAUUGGUCCCACUCAACUCCUGACCAGUGACAUCAUCAAACAGCGCCUAGGCUCUGCUGCUCUGGACAGUGUCCAUGAGUACCGUUUGUCCAGUUGGCUUGGGCAGCAGGAAGACAUCCAUCGAAUCGUCCUCUAUCAGUCUGACUCUGGCCUCACGCCUUGGACCCAGCGCUGUAUCCGCCAGGCUGACUGCAUCAUCAUUGUGGGACUGGGUGAGCAGGAGCCCGCUGUGGGUGAGUUGGAGCGAAUGUUGGAGGGCAGUGCAGUUCGGGCUCAGAAGCAGCUGGUGUUGCUGCACAGGGAGGACGGCCCGCCACCCAAAGGGACAGCCGAGUGGCUUAACAUGCGGAGCUGGAUCUCCAGACACCAUCACCUGUCCUGCCCCCGCAGGGUGUUCUCCAGGAGGAGUUUACCUAAGCUGAGAGAGUUGUACCAGCGUGUGUUUGAAAAAUGUCCAGAUCGUCACUCUGACUUCUCCCGCCUGGCCAGGAUCCUGACAGGAAACAGCAUCGCCCUCGUACUUGGUGGAGGGGGUGCCAGGGGUUGCUCACAGGUCGGCAUUCUGCGGGCACUGAAUGAGGCAGGGAUCCCCAUCGACAUGGUGGGAGGCACCUCCAUCGGCUCCUUUAUGGGAGCGCUGUAUGCUGAGGAGAAGAGCAACAGUCGAAUGAGGGUCCGGGCUCGCGAAUGGGCCAUGGAUAUGACCUCGUACUUUAAGAAGAUAUUGGAUCUAACCUACCCAGUUACCUCCAUGUUUUCUGGAGCCUCCUUUAACUCCAGCAUUAGUUCUGUCUUCAAGGGCAAACAGAUAGAGGACCUGUGGCUACCAUACUUCAACGUUACAACAGACAUCACAGCUUCAUCCAUGAGAGUUCACACUGACGGUUCCUUGUGGCGGUAUGUCAGGGCCAGUAUGUCACUGUCUGGUUACCUGCCCCCUCUCUGUGAUCCUAAAGAUGGGCAUUUACUCAUGGAUGGAGGGUACAUCAACAACCUGCCCGCUGACGUGGCUCGCUCCAUGGGGGCCAAGGUUGUGAUUGCAAUUGAUGUUGGAAGCCGGGAUGAAACCAACCUGACCAACUACGGUGACUCCCUGAACGGCUGGUGGCUGCUGUGGAAGCGAUUCAACCCACUGGCUGAGAAAGUCAAGGUUCUGAACAUGGCAGAGAUCCAAACCCGGCUUGCUUACGUCUGCUGUGUGCGGCAGCUGGAACUGGUCAAAGACAGUGAAUACUGUGAGUACAUUCGACCACCCAUCGACCACUACGGCACACUAGAGUUUGGCAAGUUCGACGAGAUCGAUGAGGUAGGAUACCACCACGGGAAGACAUUGUUUGAUGUGUGGCAGCGCAGCAGGGUGGUGGACAGCAUGCUUAAGGACAGACAUCAGGAAGAGUUCCACAAGACCACAACUGGCCAUGUGGUCACCUGUCCGAAUGCCUCCUUCACCGACCUGGCAGAGAUUGUGUCGAGAAUAGAACCUGUCAAGAAUGCCUUAAUCGAUGAAGAACUAUCUGAUGAAUACCAGACCGACUAUGACGAGGAGGCGGUGGAAAGCGCACUGUCAGACUUUGAGGCGUUCACCCCUGGCAGUGAGCAAACAGAGGGAGAGGAGACAGCAGACACAGCUGAAACUGAUGAGGAAAUUCAAGUCCGAGUUUGACUCUGGCCGAAGAAUGCGCCACAGAACCCUAGGCCACAACAUCCAUCAAAGCUGUGACUACCUGUCAUGGCUACUGACCAUGGUCCAGAACACACACUUGUUAAUGCAGUAUUUCUAGUAACCCUUGAGAAAUGCACUGAGUUUGAAUUACAGACAUCUCACUGAUAACCUCACCCAAUGAACAACCAGGAAGUAUGCUCAGUGACUCGCUCAAGGACACUUCAGCAGAACACAAAAAUGGAUGAUGGAUGCAGUGACUCAAACCUGCCAGUAAAAGGACCCCAAGUGUGUCCCCUUGUUGUGUGCACAUGUGUGUUUCUAACAUGGAAAAUCAAAGAACUCCAUAAGUUCUCUGGGGGAAGUCCGGAACACUGGAGAAUUUUACAAAUGGGCUAAUUUACAGGAAGACAGCAGGGUUUAAUAUUUUUUGCUUGUUUCACACUUUGAUUAAAUUGUAUUGUAGUCCAGUUUUAUGAAACUGUACUGCAAUAAGGGCCUUAGAAAAUUUAGGAUGGUAACUUGACACAAGCACAACAUGUAUAAAUGCACUACAAAAUGCACUACAGUCUUUCACCAUUAUAUUUCAUCGUAUGCAGUGUCACUUUUUUGGACAGUUGUAUUCUAUUGCUGGUUCCUAAUUAGCUCAGAUUCAUAAACCACUAUGGUGUACUUCAUAAUGUUUACAUGUAUUUUAAAACAGUAAAUAUACAUUUUUUGUGCCCACAGUUCACCUCAAGUACAGUGUUGAGGGCCGUCCACAGCAAGAACGAAAACUGUAAGGAUAACUCUAAUGAUGCACCAUAUACGUACUGUGCACUCCAGCUGUGAUGGACACCGAUGACCUGUUACUACUGUAUGUUACUGAGAAAGAGAAAGAAAAAGCAAAACAAAACACUCACCACUGGUUGCGAGGGGAAGCCCGAUUGCUUGAUGUAAUUCUUCUUGUUUGUGUAUGUAUAAAUACUGUUUGUUUUAUCAAACAGGGGUGGGUCUUUUCUUAAACCUCAGUGAAGAGUCUCUCCACGAUGUCAUCUGCCAUGUUGAACACAACAUGCUGAAAGUGACACCCUGUAAAUUUGGAUGUGUAUUGAUUGUCACGCAUGUACUAAAUAAAUAAAUGCUUUGAACAUGAUCCCAACGAUGUUGUUUGCCACUGGUUUUGUUAUAGUUGUGGUGUGGACUUUGCCAUUCACUUGAGUUAAAACGAUUUUUAAAACCAUAUAUUUAUAGUUCUCACUCUUGGUGUGAAUGGCCCAUUACCCUCUUUCAAAGCAGGGCUAUAUG